CAGCGCGCGCCCAACUGUCGUACAGGAGAAGUGCGCGCUCGCGCUCCGUUUAGAUGCUCGCAUCCACAGGGGCCUUGACCGACUCCUCUUCCACUGUCAGCAUAGCGCACCGUAUAACGGCAGCCUUUACGAUUCAAUAGCCCUGUCUUUGAUCUGAAGGCAAAUAGGAGGCUCCCAUACCCCAGAGACUGCGCGAAGGCGAUUGAUUUGCGAACAGAAGUGAUGGCGGAAUCGGGCAGCAGCGCGGCGGGGGCCGGAGCCGCGGGCUCGAGUAGCAGCACCGCUGGGGCUGGAGCUGCCGUCGCGGUCGGGGGAGCUAAUGGAGCGGCAGGACCCAAGCCCGGCCUGGAGUCGGUGAAGGGACAGAAUUUUGACGUUGGCCCCCGAUACACCGAUCUCCAGUACAUCGGGGAGGGGGCCUAUGGGAUGGUCUGCUCAGCUUUUGAUCAUGUGAAUAAGAUCCGAGUGGCCAUUAAGAAGAUCAGUCCGUUUGAACACCAGACCUACUGCCAGCGCACGCUGAGGGAGAUCAAAAUCCUCCUGCGGUUCCGUCAUGAGAACAUCAUCGGCAUCAAUGACAUCCUGAGAGCGCGUCGCAUCGAUUAUAUGAGGGAUGUCUACAUCGUACAGGACCUGAUGGAGACCGACCUUUACAAACUGCUGAAGACACAGCAACUCAGCAAUGACCAUAUCUGCUACUUUCUGUACCAGAUCCUGCGAGGGCUGAAGUACAUUCACUCUGCCAAUGUGCUGCACAGAGACCUUAAGCCCUCGAACCUUCUCAUCAACACCACCUGUGACCUCAAGAUCUGUGACUUUGGGCUGGCGCGGAUAGCUGACCCUGAACAUGACCACACCGGAUUCCUCACAGAGUAUGUGGCUACUCGUUGGUACCGUGCUCCUGAGAUCAUGCUCAACUCCAAGGGCUACACCAAGUCUAUUGAUAUGUGGUCUGUGGGUUGCAUCCUAGCUGAGAUGUUGUCCAACAGACCCAUCUUCCCUGGAAAGCAUUAUCUGGACCAGCUCAACCACAUUUUGGGUAUUUUGGGCUCCCCCACUCAAGAUGAUCUGAACUGCAUCAUCAACAUGAAGGCCAGGAACUACCUCCAGGCUCUACCCCAGAAACCCAAAAUCCCAUGGAGCAAGCUGUUCCCCAAGGCAGACAACAAAUCUCUGGAUUUAUUGGACCGCAUGUUAACCUUCAACCCCAUCAAACGUAUAACUGUGGAGGAAGCACUGGCCCACCCCUACCUGGAGCAGUACUAUGACCCCUCUGAUGAGCCAGUGGCUGAGGAGCCCUUCACUUUCAACAUGGAGCUGGAUGACCUUCCUAAAGAGAAGCUGAAAGAGCUGAUCUAUGAGGAGACGGCCCGCUUCCAGGCCACCUACCAGGGCUCCUGAGAGGGACAGCCAUCACGGAGAAUAACCGAGCAGCAUGGAGUCUCCGAUAAAGAUAACUCCAGACAACCUGCAAAAACAUAUACAUACAUAUAUACAUAAAAAAAAACAAGAUAAAAAUACAAAAAAAGAUCUACAUUUAAAAACUUGAGCUAUGUUUUAUCUGUCCAUCUCUCUCUUUCUUGCUGGAAAGCUGUACGCUAGUUUGUGCUUGUAACAUCUUAUCAUAACCCCAUUAAUGAGGGCCGCCAGACUCGCUGUUCUCAUCGCAUACCACACACAGCGCCUGCGCUCUCAAACAAUUGCAUCUUUCACCCUUUCGAUCAAUACCCUGCUUCUCUCUCUGUCUGUAUCCAUCUCUUUCUCUUUCUGUCUCUCUGGAGCGUGUCUCUCCACUGGUCUGUGAUGUUCCUUUCUUCAUUCCACAGAGAUGGAGAGAGAGGAGGAGGAUCUCUAUGAUGGGCACUGACUGGUGUGUGUGUAUAUAUAAGUGGUUUUGAGUUUCAUUGGAGUAAUGUAAGUUGGCAAUCUGUUUGUACACUGUAAUUUGAACGUUGCAAUCAGUUACAAAUCGUGUUUUGUAAUGUUGGGAAUUAAUAUUUGAGUAUCUUUUGAAAUAUAAAGUCAUUGCUUGUGUUUAAAUUUUUUUUUAUGCAUUCAAAGACAAAUGGCUACAUUUAAUGAGCUUGGACUUUUGUUUAGUGAGGAAAAAGAGGUGGAACGGAGGAAAGCGUGCGAGAUGGAAUAGUAUCAUCUGCUGUAAGAUGUCAUGUUCUACUGUUGAGAACGGAGACUAUUUCUUGCCAGUGUUCUUGGGAAAUUAAAGCCAUCAGUAUCAUUUUUUUCAUUUAAUGUUGGCUUCCUUUCCCUCUUUCUCCUCCUCUCGCUCGUCUGUUCAUUUGCUGGAGGUUCUGUGGCGUGCAGACCUUCAUUGUGCGUUUUAUUUUUUUUUAGGGGGGUUGAUACUGAUUUCCUUGUGAAUAACAAUAGUUGUCAUUGGUUACCAUGUCCAUAGCUACUGUUGCCAUGAUUCCGUUCUGAUAAGUCACACGUAGCUCCCCACGUUCUGCCUUUGUUUCUCGCAGAUGUCGGUCCCUUCUUCUUUUGUCUUUCGCAUCUUGUUUUGUUUUUCUUCACUUGUCCUGGAGUGAUUGAGGAAUCAUAGCCAAGCUUAACACUUUCAGAGCCAUAGCACAUUUUUUCUCAUUCCCUCCCUGUGAUGUCAGAACAUUUCAAAGGGCUUUUCCACAGGGCUUGCUGACCUCAUCAUGCCUCUCCUGCCUGUGAUUGGCUCAGCUUGUGUUUAUCUAGUUUCGAAAUGACUUCUUCUGCAUGCGUUGCAUCUUAGAUGGAACUACCUGCCUUUUAUUCUAUGUUUUCGGUGAGAUGUCGCCAUCUUUCGAUGCCGUUUUUAAAGAAACCGUCAUUGCUUUUGGCCAAUCAUGGAUGAGGAAAGCAUGUUCAAGUGGGAAGAGUUAAAAUGGCACAGUGUGUAGCUGUUUUGCAUAAAUACAUGGCGUGAGUUGCAUAAAUUGUAAAACCCCAUUGAGACGAGCCCCAACUGCAGAGGAAAUUCACCCCGCACGUCUAUCACGUAACAUUUCGGUGCACCUGCACUUUGUGUCCAAAUGACCAAACGUUUGGUUUUCAGUUCAGUUUUUAGUGCAAUUUGAUCGAUUCCUGUGACAAACAUUUCCUUGUUUUCGUUCUGAGCUUUAGUCUUCAUCUUUUUUUUCUUAAUCCCCUGCUUGUUAGGGUGAACUGUAACAGGCAGUGAUGGUUGGUCGAGUCCCAUGUCUGUCCGUCUGUCCUUUCCAACCAGAAGCUGCUCUUCUCUGCUUCCUCUUGAGGAGCACUGAUCCUCCCGCUCUGUGAUCUGAGGGAAACAACUCAUUACCAAGAAAAUGAUUAUUUAUAUUACUGUAUUGUCAAUGGCAAUGACAUGCUUAUUGUGAAUGGGACCAUGGGGACUGUCAGCAGUCUCUCUCACACACACACACACACACACACACACACACGUAUUUCUCACAUAUAAACCUGCACGCAUACAGUGUAUUAUUUCAAAAGCCUGCAAAGGAGGCAGAUAUAAUGUCCUUUUAAUGGCUGUUAUUAUGAUUAUUGCUGGUGUUAAAUUGGUGAGUUUUUUUGUAUUUUAUUUUAUGAAAAGGGAUUUAAAAACGUAUGUCCUUUUUUUAAAGUAUGUUUUGCAUUUCUUUCAUUUUGUUCGCUUUGGGUGUGAAAAAUAAUUGGCUGUUCACUCUUUCUGAAGUCUGUUUUUUCCCUAGACCUUAUAAGGAAUUAUUUUAAAAGACGAUUAAAGGAUAUGGGUAGAUUGUCAAGAGAAAUGAGCUAUGGAUGGUUAUAGCCUAUGUAUAUGCUUAUGGGUAUAAUAAAUUAAACCAUUAACUAAAACAGAAUUAUAUACAUAUAUUAAAUAAAAUUCUUGAUACUGUAA